AGUCGGUGGCCGGUGUGCGGCCAACGGCCAGGGCAGUGGGACCGGAAAGACUCAGUGUAGUUGUCAACUAUUGCUACCUAAAAGGUUACUCCAAAACUUUAAGCGGCUCAAAACAACAGACGGCGCGUACGGGGCCUGCAGCGGCCACGGGACCGUGGGAAGCAGCCAGUACCCGCCACAGGCCGCGCCUUCCGGGUUCCGGGUUCCCGCCAGGGAGGAGACACGCCCCCACCUGGGCAGGAACCAAGCAGAGCCGCGCUCCACCCAGGCCGGGACCAAUGGGAGAUGCGCCACGACCCAGGCCGAGAAACGUGCCGCUUACCCUUCCCCCACGACCUGCGCCGCGUCGCGCGCGGCCGAAUCUCCCGCCAAAGCUGCCCCCGCCCGCCAAGGCGCGACCUAUCAGCGUCGCAGAGGCCCGCGGCGGCCCGGCCGCCUCAAUCCCGCGGGUGGGGGCAACCUUUUCCUCAGGCCUCUCCUCAGCCCACGGCGUCCAUCUGGCUCCCGAGCCGAGGGCCGGGCAGUCGGGCUUCGCGGCUUCCCGCGGUCCUGAGGCCUCGCCCUAGCCCCAGUCGGCUCGCGAGGCGCGCGCAGCUGAGUGGACCCCUGCGGCGUGGCCCGAUGGUCUCGCCCGACCCGGCGCGCGCGGGAGGCCGAGGGGCGGGGCCCGGCGCCCCCAUAAAGGCGGUUGGGGGCGGGGCGCGCAGAGCUCGUGAGCGCCGGCGCGGGGACGCAGGUUUCUGCCUCAGGCCCUACCCUGCUCUCCUCUGCGCUCUCUGCCCGCGCCGCCGCCGCCUCAGCCUCGGCCCUGCGCUGCGCGCCCGGCCCGUGCUGCCAUGGCCUGCCGCCCGCGAAGCCCGCCGAGGCAUCAGAGCCGCUGCGACGUUGACGCCAGCCCGCCGUCCUCCGCGCGAUGGAGCCUGGGACGGAAGCGCAGAGCCGACGGCAGGCGCUGGAGGCCCGAAGACGCCGAGGAGGCAGAGCGCCGCGGCGCCGAGCGCAGACCCGAGAGCUUUACCACUCCUGAAGGCCCUAAACCCCGUUCCAGAUGCUCUGACUGGGCAAGUGCAGUUGAAGAAGAUGAAAUGAGGACGAGAGUUAACAAAGAAAUGGCAAGAUAUAAAAGGAAACUCCUCAUCAAUGACUUUGGAAGAGAGAGAAAAUCAUCAUCAGGAAGUUCUGAUUCAAAGGAGUCUAUGUCUACUGUGCCGGCUGACUUUGAGACAGAUGAAAGUGUCCUAAUGAGGAGACAGAAGCAGAUCAACUAUGGGAAGAACACAAUUGCCUACGAUCGUUAUAUUAAAGAAGUCCCAAGACACCUUCGACAACCUGGCAUUCAUCCCAAGACCCCUAAUAAAUUUAAGAAGUAUAGUCGACGUUCAUGGGACCAGCAAAUCAAACUCUGGAAGGUGGCUCUGCAUUUUUGGGAUCCUCCAGCCGAAGAAGGAUGUGAUUUGCAAGAAAUACACCCUGUAGACCUUGAAUCUGCAGAAAGCAGCUCCGAGCCGCAGACCAGCUCUCAGGAUGACUUUGAGUCCAAGAUGGUGCUAUUCUGAAAAGCCCCACAGGUGUGGCUUCUAAUGAACUGAACCCUAUUAAGAGUCACAGAAUUAACAUGGGCGGAAGCUGCUGCCAGGCUGGACUGAAAGGGCCAGGCAAUACAAGAGGCCUUGAACCCUCAGGUUCCUACCAGCGGGAAGUAGGAAGAUAAAACUCUCCAGCUGCAAACACAGGUUGCCUUUUGUGAAAAAGAAGGAUAAUUCAGAGAUGGAGCCAGGAGCCUGGAGGACUGAGGCUGGCCUAGUCAGGGGACUGCCAGGUGAUGUGUGCCCAGCUGGAUUUCAGACUUGCUGUGGGCCAGGGACUCCUGGGAGCAUUUGCAGCAGGUGUCCUAGGUCUGUCCCCGCUGUUCACUGGGGGGGGGGGGGGGUGCAUGUGUGUGGUGGGGGCCGGGGACAGUCUUUACAUGGAGAGGGGCUCAACACAGGAGCUGUCAGGAGCCUCCUCCACAAGGGAGUGGAUUCAGGUGAGACUCUGGGCUUUUUAAACUAGAAUGCUUAGUUUCAAAUCUAACAACACAUGUAUGGGACCUGUAUGCUGAAAACGGCACAACCCUGAUGAAACAAAGAUCUAGUAAGUGGAGAAAUGUAACUUGUUCAUGGAUUGGAAGACUCAAUAAAGAUGUCAAUUCUUGGGCCGGG